AUGGCCGGCCGAAAAGCUUCAAAGCUUAUGUCUGCCUUCGCAGCAGGCGCUGUGAUGCAUUUGCUGAUGAGCAACACCGUGUUCGUGCAGCCUGGACCAGGACAUCUGCAGACGUCACGAAUCCUGCGUCCGGCUUUUGAGCAAGGAAAGGUGAACCUGGGCGUAGACGGAUCAGUCGUGAAGUCCAAGAACAUGCCCGCACCGGUUCUAGAGGCGACAGAGGCAACAAACACUGCCAUCAAGGAAUGCUUGGAGGAAGGCUGCUCCGUUGAUGCUUUGAUGGAGCUGGACAAGAAGCUUGCCAAGGAUGAGGCCACGAUCAAGAAGAGCCUUGACAAUCUGCACAGCUCGCAAGCGGAGGAGUACUCGGAGGAGGGCAAGGAGCAGAUUGCAUGGUUGAGCAACUACUUGGACCGCAGUGGCAGCCUCCGCGCCCAACUUCAGGCAGUCAAGACCUUGAAGGCUGAGGGAGACUUGGUUGCCCAGCUCGUGCGCGCUGCGUCAGUGGCCUUUGGCGGAGGGCGCAAGGGUGACUAUCCCAAGGUUGGCGUGUCUCCAUAUUCUUCAUGA